AAAGUUUUUGUUUUUUUUUAUUUGCAUAUAAAGUAGCCAAGCAAACUAAAUAUAUUCAGAGAAGGAAGGUCAUGAUAACUAAGUAAACAGAUUAAAUAACACUGCGCAAGGACGAGUGUCAAGUCACAGAUGCACAAAUCAUUUAGGCACUACUCUUCAAAAAAAUCAUACAGAUAUAAGAUGGACAACCAGACAUUCCAAUACAGCAAACUAUUAGUGGAGGGACUGCAAGUUACAUCUCAAUCAACCCUUCCUACAUUUAUUCUUCUUUUGAUGGUUUAUGCAUUUAUAAUGGUAUCUAACAUUGGGAUGAUGAUUCAGAUUUCAGCAGACAAAUGUUUACAUCAGCCUAUGUAUGUUCUUUUCUGUAACUUGACACUCAAUGAUGUUUUAGGGACAACUGUUAUUUUGCCAGGAUUGUUGAGGAAUAUAUUAACAGACCCAUCUGAGCGCCAUAUCACAUUUGUGGAGUGUGUUAUUCAAGCUUAUUUUGCUCAUUUGAACGGUACAGCAUCUCACACUGUGAUAAUGAUUAUGGCCUUUGACAGAUAUGUGGCAAUAUGCAAUCCACUGCGAUACCCAGCUAUAAUGACCAGUAAUAUGGUGGUUAAACUAUCAGCAGCAGCCUGGGGUGUUGCAGUUGUGCUAGUCGGGAUAUUGAUCGGCCUCAGUGUGCGUCUCUCCCACUGCAGAUCUGUGAUUCAAAACUACAUUUGUGACAAUGCCUCAUUAUUUAAAUUAUCCUGUGAAAAUACGGUGAUUAAUAAUGUAUAUGGAUUAACCUUUACUGUUGUUUUGUUUACCUCUUCAAUGGGGAGUAUUGUACUGACAUACCUCAAAAUAGCACUGAUAUGCUUCAAAAGUAAAAACAAAGCGACAAACAGCAAAGCCAUCAAAACCUGCAGCACUCACUUGACUGUUUAUAUAAUCAUGCUGAUUUCUGGAUCUACUGCAAUAUCUCUUCAUCGUUUUCCUGUAUAUGCUGAAACUAGGAAACUCGCUGAUAUAAUCUUUCAUGUUAUUCCACCAGGUUUAAAUCCAAUCAUAUAUGGUAUACAAUCCAAGGAAAUAAGACAAAAGAUUUUUAAACUAUUUAGAAAUGACUUAAAUGCAAAGUGAUUUUAAUUUAUUUACUCUUUUUGUUAGAAAACUAAUUACACUUUCUAUAAAUUACUAUCUUUAUACAGUAAAUAGACUCAUUUCAUAGUACUUAAUUAAGUUACUGUACCACCCUUUUAUCAAUGUUUUUACAUUUCUUAUGUAAUACAUUUUAUUUAAUUUUUGUUUUGACUCCAAACUUCUUCAAAAGUAAACAGUGUCACAAGUAAAAGCACCUUUCUCCUAAACAUGCUAAAUUAGCAGUACUGUUCUAUAUUAAUGUAUGCUUCUAAUGUUUAAAUAUAUGAGCAGGUAAAGUCAUAUGUAACUACAAUGUGCAAGGCUUAGGGUGCUGUCUGUGUCACAAUUACCAGCGAUCCAAUAAUUGUAGAUUGCUGGUAAGCACAUCUAAACAGAUCACUUAGAACUACAAACCCGCCAUUAUAUGGACUACAAGAUCCAGUCAUGCACUGCACACACACACUGGUUCCUAAUCCUGUCUGAUUACAAACACUCACAGCUGAAGCUGCUCAUGGAAUGAUUACAGGACUAUAUAAACAGCACACACACACACAUAUCAGUGCUGAGUCUUGUUAUAUUGAAGUGAAAACAUUAAAAUACAUCUUCCUUUCA